CCACAGGCAUAGCUAGUAACCCUAGUAACUUCACCGUACGGCACACACUCACAUGAGUUAAACUCAAUGCUGAAACCAAUAAACCCUACCCGAAGCACCCUCUAUAUAUGAUUCAAUCUUCCCCCAACUCUCUUUCGCUUUCUCUCCAAACACAAACUCACAUCUAUAUAUUCCUUUUCUCUUUUCUUGCAUGGACUGUUAACUGCUAACUGUGGAGAUGUCUCGCACGUGCUCACACUGCGGCAACAACGGCCACAACUCCCGGACAUGCACCGACGGCGGCGCCGCCUCUCCCAGGGAGAACGGCUUCAUGCUCUUCGGCGUGCGACUCACCGAACCUAGCUCCUCCUUCAGGAAGAGCGCCAGCAUGAACAACCUCUCCCAGUACGACCACGACUCCAACGCCGCCGACGCCGGCUACGCCUCCGACGACGUCGUUCACGCCUCCGCACGCACGCGCGACCGCAAGCGAGGUGUCCCUUGGACGGAGGAAGAGCACAGGUUGUUCCUGUUAGGGUUGCACAAAGUCGGAAAAGGAGAUUGGAGAGGAAUUUCUAGAAACUUCGUCAAGACUCGAACGCCCACUCAGGUUGCUAGUCAUGCUCAGAAGUACUUCCUCCGCCGCCACAAUCAGAACCGCCGUCGCCGGAGAUCUAGCCUUUUCGACAUCACCACCGAUACAGUUAUGGAGUCUUCUACUAUAAUGGAAGAAGAGCAAGUUCAGCAAGAAACAGCGGCGGCGCCUAUCCCCGCCGCAUAUCCGCCGUCGCAUUACGGUGGUUUCCCCGGCGCGGUUUUUCCGAUGAGUUUGGCUCCGGUGAGUGGUGAGAGAGUAGCGAAGCCGAUCAGGCCGACGCCGAUUUUGCCGGUGCCUCCGUCUUCGAAGAUGGCUAAUUUGAACCUGAAAGAGAAAGCUUCUCCGGCGGCGGCGUUGUCGAGUCAGGAGCAGUCGGCGGGGGCUUUUGAGGCGAUUUCUGGAGGGAAGUUCGGCGGUGGUGGGGAUAGCAUCAUCAGUGUUGCUUGAAAAGGAAAGAAAAAUAAUAGUGUGAUUAAGGUGUUAAUUAAGCAUGGUUUGAGUUUGUAAAUUAUGGGACAAAAUGGUGUGUUGGAGCGUGGGAUUAAUGAAGGUUAGGUUAAUUAGGCAAUUAAAUUGGUGGUUUGAGUGUACAGGGUUAGAUAGAUGGGUUGUCAUAUUCUCUAGCUGUCGGGGGAUUCUUGUUUGUAUUUGUAUGGGAGAGUGUGACCGUGAAAUGAUAGGGCACCGGGUACUCUCGAGUCUUGACAUAUAUGCUACUGCCACUGGCCUCUUUCAAAUAUUAGCUUACUUAGACAAAGGAAUAUAAUCAUAUACUGUAUUAUUAUGCUCACCGCACAUGCCAUUCAGUAUUCACCCUUUGCUUUUAAGUUUUAAGUGCUGUUCAUGUC